GUCCACGCUUCCAAGGACCAGAGUUUCCUUCUUUUAGCGCCAGGCCAACUUCAACUUCCUAGGUCGGAUCCGAUACUGUCUCCAGACUCCGUGCCCAAAUCGGCUUUCAAAUUAACCAAGACCGCCCAACCCGCGUUCCUUCGCGCCCCGCGGUCCUGAGGGCAACCGCACCACCCCAGCUCGCCCGAGGGGACGGGCUCCCAACCUCACUGAACCGCUCUGCGCACCUCCAGCCCCACAAAACCGGCCUGCCGGGCUUUCCCGCGCCGCUACCAACGUGGACAUGGCAAAGAAAAGAAAUACCUAGGCGCUGCUCCGACUUUCGCUGUCAAGAUCCCUGGACAUUCACGCACCGCCACACGGAGGCUGACAGGAGGAAGUCGGGGGUCAGCGAGCGCGGCCCUAACCGCACAAGUCGCGCUCGCCCCCCGCCCAGCAUGCCCGUCCUUCCGGAUCUCACCCCCUUCCUUCCCCCGUGCCCGGCCUCCAGAGGAGAAGUGCUUCGCACUGGGCAAUGACCACACACCACACAAACGGAGAUCGGGACGCUCCUCCUUGCAGCUGCCUCCACAGGGCCAACUAGUCCCCAACGCGGCCAGAAGGAAAUGGAGACCGCGCUUCCCUCCGGUCGGAACAAACCGACGCACCCUUUGUCUGCUCAUGCGCAGUCCAAGCCCCACCCGCAACCUAGGCUUCGGAAACGCGCGUGCGCACACGCCCAGCGAUUGCUUACAGUGAUUGGAGGGCCUCAGCGGACUCACCGAGGUGGCUGCUGGGAGCGGGAGACUGUGUGCCAUGGGUAUGGGUGCCAUGGUGACGCGUACAAGGCCUGUGGCUGCCAUGGCGGUCAGAUCCUGUUCUUCAUCCUGGACUGGCACCACGUACCUUUUCUUGGUUCUCUGCGAAGUCUCAUGGGCCCAAAUUUUCUCCUUCCCUUUCCGGCGGCCGGAGACCUGUGAUCUCAACCAGUACUUCGACAUCUCGGCGCUCUCCUGUGCUCCCUGUGGCGCCAACCAGCGGCGGGAUGCACUAGGAACUUCCUGUGUAUGUCUACCAGGAUAUCAUAUGAUCUCUAAUAAUGGAGGACCUUCCAUUAUCUGUAAAAAGUGUCCAGAAAACAUGAAAGGCGUUACCAAAGAUGGCUGGGACUGCAUUUCUUGCCCUAGUGGCUUAACUGCUGAGGGGAAGUGCCACUGCCCCACUGGCCAUAUAUUAGUGGAAAGAAAUGUUAGCGGGUCUUUGUUAUCCCAAGCAACUUGCGAGCUUUGUGAUGCAAAUGAAAACUCGUUUACAAAAGCCAAUGCGUUUGGAACCAGGUGUGUCCGCUGCGAACCAACAUUCGUGAAUACAAGCAGGUCCUGUUCAUGCUCAGAGCCGCACAUUUUAACAGGUGGAUUAUGUUUCAGCAACACAGGGAAUUUUCGUCAACGUGUAAUUUCCACUGCACGUUACGGAGAGCUUGGCAUGUCAUUAAAUUCAGAAUGGUUUGCCAAGUAUUUGCAGGCAACAGCAGCUGCAUGCUGGACUCACUCCAACCUGACAUCUUGCCAAGCUCUCGGAAAUAUGUGUGUGCUGAACAUGAACUCUUACGACUCUACCACAUUCGAUGCUUGUCGACUGUUCCAUUACAUCUUUGAAAGCACUGCUGGGUUGAUCAGUGUGCAUUCGAUUCCAUUCUGGAGACAGAACCUCCCUUGGCUGUUCUACGGAGACCAGCCAGGAUUGGCUCCUCAAAUUCUCAGUACUACUCCUCUUCCUACAAAUUUCAGUUUUAAAGGACAAAACCAGCUGAAGUUUGUUGCUGCUUCCUAUGAUAUACGAGGAAACUUCAUCAAAUGGCAAACUUUAGAAGGUGGUGUUUUACAGCUUUGUCCAGACACGGAGAGAAGACUAGAUGCUGCGUAUUCUUUUGGAACGACAUACGAGCAAACUUGUGAAAUUUCUCUCUCUAAAAUCCUGGCUGACUUUCCCAGUCCAGUAUUUUAUGAUGUUUAUCUCGAAUAUUCUGAUGAAGAGCAACACCGUUACCUUUGGGCUAUACCAGUGCUAAACCUAAAUCUUCAACACAAUAAACUGUUUGUGAACCAAGACAGUAGCUCCAGCAAGUGGCUUUUGACUCGGCGCAUUUUCUUGGUGGAUGCAGUAAGUGGACGAGAAAAUGACCUAGGAAAUCAGCCAAGAGUAAUUCGAGUUGCUACCCAGAUUUCAUUGAGCAUACGCCUUGUACCCAACACAAAAAAUGGAAACAUCUACACUCCCUUACUUACCAUUGCCUACAGUGACAUUGACAUCAAAAAUGCUCAUAGCCAGGUUGUGAAGAUUUCCUUUUCAGUGAAAUAUGAGAUGAAUCAAGGAGAUGCGUUUGUUCAGACAGAUAUUGCUUUGGGUGUGCUGGGUGGGCUGGCUGUGUUAUCAUCUCUUUUGAAGACAGCAGGAUGGAAGAGGCGUAUCGGGAGCCCCAUGAUUGAUUUACAGACAGUUAUGAAGUUCCUGCUGCAUUAUGCUGGUGACCUGGCCAAUGUGUUCUUUAUCAUCACAGUGGGAACAGGUCUUUACUGGCUUAUUUUCUUCAAAGCACAGAAGUCUGUCUCUGUUUUGCUGCCAAUGCCAGUUCAGGAGGAACGUUUCGUUACUUAUGUGGGGUGUGCCUUUGCUAUGAAGGCUCUGCAAUUUUUGCAUAAACUCAUAUCCCAGAUUACCAUAGAUAUAUUCUUUAUUGAUUGGGAACGGCCGAAAGGAAAAGUUCUUAAAGCUGUUGAAGGUGAGGGCGGUGUGCGGAGUGCCACUGUUCCUGUGAGCAUAUGGAGAACAUAUUUUGUGGCAAAUGAAUGGAAUGAGAUUCAGACUGUGAGAAAAAUUAAUCCACUCUUUCAAGUUCUCACCACGCUCUUCUUCUUGGAGGUUGUGGGAUUCAAAAACUUAGCAUUAAUGGAUCCAUCCUCCAGCCUUUCUAGAAACCCGUCAGACUACACAGCUCCUUACAGCCGAAUUUUGAGAUAUGCAGUGGCUACCGCUAUCUGGCUGGUGAUUGGAAUAAUACAGGUUGUUUUCUUUGCUGCCUUUUAUGAGAGAUUCAUAGAAGACAAAAUCCGGCAGUUCGUUGAUCUGUGCUCCAUGAGUAAUGUGUCAGUGUUCCUGCUGUCCCACAGAUGUUUUGGAUAUUACAUUCAUGGGAGGUCAGUCCAUGGCCAUGCAGACACUAACAUGGAAGAAAUGAAUAUGAACCUUAAGCGAGAGGCAGAAAAUUUGUGCAGCCAAAGAGGUUUGGUGCCCAACACGGAUGGGCAGACAUUUCAGAUUGCAGUUUCUAGUCAGAUGAGACAACACUACGACAGGAUCCAUGAGACAUUAACAAGGAGAAAUGGCCCAGCAAGACUGCUGAGUUCAUCAGGGAGUACUUUUGAACAAAGCAUAAAGGCAUACCACGCAAUGAAUAAGUUCCUUGGCUCUUUCAUUGACCACGUUCAUAAGGAAAUGGAUUACUUUAUAAAAGAUAAGUUGCUUCUUGAAAGAAUCCUUGGGAUGGAAUUCAUGGAGCCCAUGGAGAAGAGCAUCUUCUACAACGACGAAGGCCAUUCUUUCAGCAGUGUGCUGUAUUACGGGAACGAGGCCACACUCCUCAUCUUUGAUCUGUUGUUCUUCUGUGUGGUGGACUUGGCUUGCCAGAACUUUGUUUUAGCAUCCUUCCUCACCUACCUGCAACAAGAGAUUUUCCGAUUUAUCCGCAAUACAGUAGGACAAAAGAAUUUGGCAACCAAAACAUUAGUGGAUGAAAGAUUUCUGAUCUAAUCGGUGAUACAGAACUUCAGGACUCAGUAAUGUGGCCAAGCCGUGAUGCUAUUGUAUUUUUUAAAACUUUAAUACAUAUUAUUCUUCCAUUUUUUAUCUAUAGAAAGAUUUAUUUUUAUAGUUUGUAAAAUAAUAAGAUAUAGUAAAAAAUACUAUUUCCCCAUUACGUGUUGUAUUUAAUUUAGUAAAUAAUAUAUUAACACUAACCAGGAAGCAAGCAAACAAAACAAACCCCUCCCAGCCCCACGUCCAGCACCCUUCCGGGUCUUGAUGGCAGGCUAACCCCAGCCCUUGUCAUUCUUUCAGAACAUGACCUGCCUGCUUUUCCUCAUGGUUUCAAAUUGAUUUGAAAACUCAAAAUUACUAUUCAGUUCAGUGUUUGCAUGUUUUAUUUAUAAUCAUGGUUAAAUAAAUUUUAAAAGGUAUUUUCAAAUUUACUUAAAAAUUUGGUUUGCAUUAUUGGUGACUCAGUGGACUUUUCUCUAAUAACUCACUCUGUCUGUCAGUGGGCAGGUCUCCAUUAGACAUAGCAUGGUGGGUUACACAUCCAGUCCUCUAUGUUCCUGGUCUCUGUGGUCACUUACAUUUGUUAAACUGGGUGAAAUUUUUUGCAACGUAGGAUUUUUCACACAUUUUGGUCUUUUAAGAGUACUCCUCAAAGAUGUUGGUUUUUAAUCAUGACUAAAUAUUACCAAUAAUAGGCCAUAAAUAUAUCAUCUUAUUUUGACUAAUUUAUUGAAAGCAAACUUCAGCUUCAUGAGUCAGUAAUUAUUUUCUAAGGAAAAAGAAAGGAUUCAAGAUACAUUUAAGUCCUGAACCAUAUACUUAAUCUUAAGUAAUUCUUUUCAUGGCAUGCCAUAUACUUGGAGGGCCCUGGUGCAGCAGGAUGUUGCCACACCCCACCCAGCAUGCCUCGCUGCUUUCCACAGUGAUGCUGUGUGACCACGUAAAUGCAGUGCUGUGUACAUACUGUAUAUAUUUGUGAAUUGAGAAUAUAUAAUAAAAUCUUUUGCAUUUCUA